UUUGUAAACUCCUCUAGACCCGAGCGAAUCUUGUAACCAAAGGUCUCUCCUCCUUUUCCGGUCCCGUGUUCACCUCUCUCUCUCUCUCUCUCUCUCUCUCUCUCUCAAGAAGAAGAAGAAGAAGAAGAAGAAGUAAGAUGUGGAAUAAUGCAGAAGGAGGAGCAGCGGAGGUCACUCUCGAGACCUCCAUGGGUUCUUUCACUGUCGAGAUGUACAAAGACCACGCGCCGAGAACUUGCAGAAACUUCAUUGAACUCUCUCGUAGAGGUUACUACGACAAUGUCAAGUUCCACCGUAUCAUCAAGGAUUUUAUUGUGCAAGGUGGGGAUCCCACGGGUACAGGAAGGGGUGGAGAAUCCAUUUAUGGUCAAAAGUUUGAGGAUGAGAUCACACCGAAAUUAAAGCAUACUGGAGCUGGUAUUAUAUCCAUGGCUAAUGCUGGUCCAAAUACGAACGGAAGCCAGUUUUUCAUUACCUUGGCCCCAACGCCAUCAUUAGAUGGGAAACACACAAUAUUUGGAAGAGUAUGUAGAGGGAUGGAGAUUAUCAAGAGACUCGGCAGUGUUCAAACUGACAAUAAUGAUAGUUAUCUGCUUGGAACACCAGGUUAUGUGCCAUCUUAAGGAGCUACAGCUCCUUAGUCUAUCAUUAUAGAACAAGGUUCUGUGUGGAGCAUAGAGUUAGGGAGGGAUUGACCAAGAUAAAGAAAUACAUGUAUUAGCUGCUUUACUUGACAUCUUUGCUCAUCUUUUCUUUACUUUCCCCUCUCCCUCUAUAACCUGUUUCUACGACUCUGAUCCAAACACACAGCCAGACCAGAGGGUGUGCCUAAAAUUAUUUUGCAUGUACUUCUACGUGAGGUUUGGAAAUUUGGAAUUGUCCUGCAACUAACCUCAUAAGAAUUUUUUUGUUUUGUUUUUGCCAACGAUCUGUCAUUAAGUAUCAGAUCUGUUAGU